CGCUAACCAGGAAGCUCUGGACGAAAGCGUAAGGAACGAAUAUGGCAAGGAUGAGAUCUAUUCUUGUUCUCAUCACGUAUGCGUCGAUUUUUCUUCACGUUUCUUGUGGAUGGAACACCUACACCUCCAGAUUCAAACAAUUUUCGCACAUCAAGAGUAAAACUCCAAGCGACGUGCAGGAACAAGCAGUGAGCGACUUGAUUGCUCGUCUGAUUCCAAAGUACGCCUCCAAGUUUGUCAUAAAGGUGAACUCUAGUCUCGGACCGCAUCGAGAUCUGGACACUUUUGAAUACGUCUCCGAUACCAAAGAAGGAAAACUUGUGAUAACUGGAACAACAGGAGUUGCAGCAGCUCUGGGAUUUCAGCACUUUCUCAAAUACAGCUGUCACGCUCAUGUCUCUUGGAGUGGUGAUCAGUUGAAGAUACCAGAACCUUUCCCUGUUGUGGAGCAACCUGUUACAGUUACCAGUCCAAACAGGUGUGUUAUGCCUAGCCCCACUCCUCAUGGGUUACUAUAGUACACUUACUGUGAAGAGACACACCUCAUUAGCUUUCAAACUGGGCCUUAAAUUCUUGUCACCUGUUUUCGAACAUUUUAAUGACAUUGUUAGCAAAAAUUUGUUAUUGGUGGACCAUAAGCUCACUGAUUUAGAUUACUGAGUAACAAUUAAAGUGGAAAGUAGCUCAUGUUGUAGACUGCCAGACUGCCGUGCGAGAGUACGAAGGUUUAAGCCCCGGGUCGGACCAACACUCUUAAAAUGACUGGGGAGAAUGUGUUGCCUUUGCUAUUACAUCUGCAAAUAGUUGGACAUUCCAGUAUUCUCGGAUAAGAACAAUAAACCGUAGGCCCUAUCUCCAGUCUCUUCUCCAUAACGGUUAGCAAGGCAUGUUAAGGAACCCAUGUUUUGUGGUGUUAACAUUUUAAAGUUCCCCCGUAUUAAAAUACUUUCUACGUAGAAAGAGGUGGGGCAUUGAAGGAAGGAAGGAUAAGUGCCUGGAUGUGAAAUAAACUCCUUUUCAUGUGGAUUUAAUUGAAUUAGAAAUAAAAAAUUAAUGAAACAUUACACCUUCCACACACUCAAAGUGCUAACCAGUAUAACAUCUUCAUAAUCAAUUUACUUUUGUCAGAUUUCGCUACUAUCAGAAUGUAUGCACUGUGAGCUACUCUUUUGUUUGGUGGAAUUGGACUCGGUGGGAACGCGAAUUAGACUGGAUGGCCAUGAAUGGCAUAAAUCUGCCAUUGGCAUUCAAUGGACAGGAAGCGAUGUGGCAAAAAGUAUAUCUGAGAGUGGGUCUCACUCAACAAGAGCUUGAUCAGCAUUUUGGGGGACCUGCCUUCCUGGCCUGGUAUGUGCACAGUUAAUUGGUGAUUCUUAAUAUUAGAACACAUUCACACAACUGUCUCUUUGUACAUAAAGCAGUCUUAGAAUUCUUGCCUUUCUAUGAAUAAGCACCUCUCUAACUGACCACAAUGUUAACUAAGCACCCCCCCUGAAUGAGCUGCUUCACACUUGUGCAUGUUUAUAGGCAAGAACUGCAGCGAGGGAUGUAUGACAUUGGUUACAUCUAUCACUUUCAUCUGGCUUUUUAAUAGUUACUGAUUAUUGCUCCUAACUACAUGCUAGGAAUAUGAGAGAAAUCUGUAAUCUCAAAAAAACAAAAAAAAACCAAUCAUAUUAAACCACAUUGUACAGAACAAGUACCAAAGCCACCCCCCUUACUGAGAUAAGGGUCUCCUUGAAUUAAUGAGCACUCCAAGUCUGAUCCUAAAUUAAAAACAGGAAGUAUGUUAGGUCCUAAUUCAAGGGUUCAUGGUACCUCCAUUCAGGGGACCAAACUUUUUUCUAGACUGAAGAAAAUGAUGCCCUUACAUUCUCUAAAUCUGUGUCUUGUGACACCUUUGGUCAGGAGAAAAUGUUUUCUUGCAUACAAAAGCUUCAGUGUACUUAGGCAAAUAUAGCUGUGGGACAGUUGAACAGAAAAUUUUAUGAUUUGAUUUUUAGUUAAAUUUUUAUGAGUGUUAAAUUUUUUGAAGUCGGUUUGUAGUUAUAAAUAAGAGCUUACUACAGAAACCCUCAAAUUUAAGCAGCAUAACAUCAGGUCAUGAUGUUAGUGAACAAAGGAAAACCAUAAUUUAGAUAAAACCCUUUAAAUAAAAACAACAAGAAGCAGUGAUAAUGAUACCAGAUCUACAAGUUGACUUAAUUACCCCAUUCACACCAAUUUGUUUUUCCUGAAAAAAGGUCUAUUUCUUUUCAUAGAAGGUGCUUACAAGGCACACUGAAUAGACAAAUUAGUGACUAAUUGAAUCCUGUGGGAAGUUCAGUUUUUCAGUUCUCUUUAUGAUUUUUAUUCAGUUAAAACCGGUUUAGCUAAACAUGUUUUGCUAGUUUGAAUAUGGUAUUAGUCUCACAGUAAUGAAAGGCAAAUGCCUUUAUUUUAAGCAUUUCACUGACACUGCACAGCCAGUUUAGGUUAAUGUGUUACUCUGUGACCUUGUUGCAGGGCAAGGAUGGGUAACCUGCGUGGUUGGGGAGGCCCUCUUCCUUCCUCAUGGCAUACAAAUCAGCUGGAGCUGCAGCACAAAAUCUUGGACAGGAUGCGAGCAUUUGGAAUGACACCUGUCCUGCCAGGUUUUGCAGGACAUGUUCCAGAAGGUUUGAUCAGAGUAUAUCCAAAGGCAAAUGUUUCAAGACUUUCUGAGUGGGGUCAUUUCAACAGUACCUUUUGCUGCACAUAUCUCUUGGAUCCAUCUGACCCUCUUUUUCAGGUAGGUGUCGCCUUCUAGUACUUCAAAUAAUGUUAUGUGUCUACAGAAGUAGUCUGUGUGUUAAGGCCCAAUGUUGUUUGUUGUAACAACACUUUACACCUUGUGGAAAAUGUUAAUGAUGGUGCACUGGUGGUAUCAAGUAACAUGUGUGUUCUGUACAUCCUUAAAAGUCAAAGGCCCAAUGUUGUUUGUUGUGACAAAAUUUCCACACCCCUGUGGAAGAUGUUAUAAUAGCUCAUGAGUGGUAUCAAAUAACAUGUGUUCUGUAUGUCAUUAAAAGUCUACAUACAGAAUCCAGACUUGCAUAUCUACACAGUUGCCUUAGCUUUUCUCAGUGUCUCUAGCACCUAAUCCUUUCUGUCCCAAAAGUGACUAGAAAUGAAUUUCUCCUUACAAUAUCAUUACAUUUUCAAGCAAAAGGGUAUUGAGAAGAGAGAAAGAUAUCAGUGGGUAUCAGUUUGAAUAAUUACAUAUGAGUUAUUUAUUGGACAGGAGGUCUAUAUAGGGUGAAACCGUGUCUAAGAUCUUCAGCUGAGGGCCUUUCUUAAGAGCAAGGUCAAAUUUUUUUCCCUUGUGUACAAACAUAGAAAUAUGAAAGAUGUUGUUUUUUCUCCUACUGGUUUGCUUUGGUUUUUCUGUACUCAUGGCAAACUAUGACUGUUUCAGAAAAUUGGGGGAUUCUUUAUCAAAGCACUGAUCUCAGAAUUUGGCACAGAUCAUAUCUACAAUGCUGAUACAUUCAAUGAGAUGACUCCACGAUCAAGUGACACUUCAUAUCUGUCUGGCGCCAGCAAAGCAGUGUAUGAAGGAAUGCUUGCUGGAGAUCCUAAUGCCACCUGGCUUAUGCAAGGCUGGCUUUUCCAGGACACAGGUUUUUGGAAGCCACCACAGAUCAAGGCAUUGUUACAAGGUAACAAAGUAGCAAUUGUUUUGUUUAAAAGGGGAAUAUACAUUAAAUGACAUGAACAUUGCACUUAUGAAAGGAAAGGCAAGGCUUUCAGAUAGAACAUAAACCUCUAUUGACUUGAUGUCUUCCUAAAAGAAAAAUUGUCAAUGAAAAAUCAAUUUGUGGAAAUGAUAAGUAUCUUAAAAUUAGUAGUUAGUACAUGAACAAAUUGUACACAGAUUAAAAGAUGCAACUUAAUUUUUUAACUCCGGACUGAGAUAAUUGAAUACUCAGCAGUGAGUAAUAUUAUAUACCUGUGGCAUGCAAUAUUAACUUUAUUUUCUAUCCUUUAAGGGGUGCCUCAAGGUAAAAUGAUUGUCCUAGAUUUAUAUGCAGACGUUCAUCCUGUUUGGCAAAGAACAGAGUCCUUUUAUGGACAGCCAUUCAUUUGGUGUAUGCUGCACAACUUUGGAGGAAAUAUUGGUUUCUAUGGCAAUUUCAUGAAUGUCACUACAGGUAUUAAAUGACAUAGAACAUGUUAUGGGGUUUAUGACAAGGAUAACCCUGAGGAUGAAGUAUUCCAGGGAAAUUCAGUUGGGAUAGUUUGACAUGCUUCUUAUCCUGUUUCAUCUUGCUUUUCAUAGGGAAUUUUUAUUGAUGGGGUAUUUAACUGGGAUAACCCUGGAAAUUCAACUGGUGGUGUGGGACAUGCAUCUUCAAACCUCCCAUCCUGUAUAAGACCCUAGACGAAAAAAAAUUAUGAAAACUUGCUGUUAUACCUAGUUACUCAAACUUUGUUUCCAGAGAGUAUACAAAAGCAGGUUUAACUGGUACAAUAUGAAAUGAAAUUAGGGUAAGAACUUGCCUUCAGGAUUGAACAACAGAAAAGUAGUUAACAUGGUGGGUACCUGAACUACUGAUGUACAAUGUGAGCUAUGAUGGUAACAGAUGAAAAAACUAGAGUUAUUUUCACAUUGAUGAAACCUUGGUGAGAACAUUAAUUGGUAACUGUUACUUGAAGUGCUUUUUCUUGGCAAUCAUAAUUAUUAUGAUGAAACAGUUAAGUUUUAUGUUCAUUUAUGAUCACUCAUUCUUGACAACUUGCUGUAUUUAUCAGAUACUGGUGUGCCUGUGAAUCACUGUAAAACCAUUGUACUAGUUCUUCUCUCUCUUUGCCCUUGUCUGCAGUUUUUUUUUUCAAUUUUUUUGUUUUGCCAGGACCAGUCAAUGCUCAAACACAUAAAGGCUCCACCAUGAUUGGGACUGGGUUAACACCUGAAGGAAUUGAACAAAAUGAUGUUGUCUAUGAGCUUAUGAAUGAGAUGGGCUGGAGAUCUGAAGCAGUGGACAUUCCCUCCUGGGUGAAGGAGUACUCCUACAGGAGAUAUGGUGGCACAACUAACUUCUCACUAAAUGCUUGGAAGCUGCUAACACAGAGUGUUUACAACUGCAGUGAUAGACAUCCAGAUCAUGUUCGUUCUGUCAUUGUGAAUCGGCCAUCACUCGACAUGAGAUUCAACCUGUGGUACAAGCCUGAAGAUGUGUGGAGUGCAUGGGAUGCAAUGAUACUGACAGCAGAAACCUUUAAUUCAGUGGAACCAUUUAGGUGAUAUUGCAUUAAUUUUUGCUUAGAUCACUUGUACAGUGGUCUUGAUGUAUGCAGCUCUGCCACAGUGCAUACAACUUCAACUUGAAUCUAUCAGGAAUCCAAUUUAUUGAUGCUCAUGUGAAACAAAGUUAGAAUCCACUUUAUUUGCUUAUUCACAAGCACAAAGAUCCAGUAGAUUGAUUGUGUGUAAAUAACAAGCAUUUUACACUCACCUGAGUGUAUUUUUAUUACAUGCAUUUCCAGUAGUAUAGUUAAAAAUAUGAGUAAAUUUUUAAAAGACAACAAAAUUGCAUUCAGGAGCCCAUAGAGCAAGUGCAAUUUGUUGGAGUCAUCUUUUGUCAUAAGCUUUUAGUUGUUCAUUGUGCAGGAAGUAACGCCUCAAAAAAAAAAAAAAAAAAAAAAAUGCAGGUAAAAGUUUCGACACUAUUUUUCUCCAUGGUCAGAACAUACCUGUACCAACAUCAGGCUACAAUUCCAUUCAAAGAUAUUUUAUAUUUGCUAGCAUAGCAGCACCUGUAACCAUAGUUUACCUUUUCACUCUUUUUAGAUAUGACCUAGUGGAUGUAACUCGACAGUCCCUGCAACUGAUUGCCAUCACCAACUAUGAUGACAUGAUUGCUGGCUUCAAGGCCAACUCAACAUCUGCAGUGCAGGCUGCUGCUGCCAAGUUAUAUGAAGUAUUUGUGGACAUGGAUGCAAUUCUGUCAUCCAAUCAAUACUUCCUCCUUGGACAUUGGCUCAACAGUGCAAAGGCCCUUGCAACAAACUCUCAGGAGAAAGAAUUGUAUGAGUACAACGCUCGUAACCAGGUUACUCUGUGGGGUCCUCGUGGGAAUAUCGAUGACUAUGCUAAUAAGAUGUGGGGUGGACUGGUGAAUACUUAUUAUAAACCACGCUGGGAGCUAUUUGAGUCGUACCUUGUUGAUGCAAUUUCAAAUGGAACUAAGUUUAAGCCUGAUAAGUUUAAUGCAGCUGUUUUAGAUCACGAAACAAAGUGGACACAGGGUACAGCAUCCUUUCCAGAUGCUCCUGUUGGUGACACUUUGACCAUUGCAAAAAAGUUGCAUGGAAAAUACAGGCCCAAGAAUGAUCAAUUUUUUUGUUGCUCUGUGAACAUCUAAGGCACAUUAACGACGAUGGAAGACAACUGAAUGAUUCAUACACUUGCAAAGUAUUGAUUGUUUCUAGCGCAGUUUGGUACUGUAGUGAAGGACUACAAUACACAAACAUGCCCAAUAUGAAGUUCAUUAUAUAUAUAUAUACAUGACUGAAAGCAAUUUUCUGAAAAGAAACUUAAUUACUUUCAGUGGAAAGUAGAUUAUGAUAAAAUGUGAAGUCACAAAAAUUUUUACAGAGUGGUCAAAGAAGAAAUAUAUACGCAAGGUUUUCCCAGAGUUUUUUUAAGAAAAGUACUU